AUGGAAAAUGAACGGGCGAAGCAGCGGCCGUCGUUAAGAAACUACACGUCGAUGGGAUCACAACACUCGAGUGGAUCAGCUAUCACUAUUCCAGAAGACGACCUCCUACUCUCGUGCCCAUUAAGCGAUUUUGCGAAGAAGGCAUCAGCAUCUUCAGACGGCUCUCUGACAGCUUCAAUUACAUCGUUGCCAGUUUCUUCAGCCAAUUCAACUAGCUGUAGUAAGGUUAUUCCACCGUCAGCGAGACGGUUCUCACGAUCUCAGACUGGGCCACAACUGGUGAAUCGAGGACCGUGGUCACGGUACGCCAUUAAUGAAAACAAGCCUCAUCACAGUUCAAAUUCAUCGUUAACCUCUACAGCGAGUAGUACAGCGGUCUUGAUCUCGAAAAAGAAGAAUUCGAUGGUUAAUUUGACAGAAAAUAAAAAAGAUUUUAACAGUUUGUUGAAGCGAAAGUCUUCUGGCGGAUCUGAUAGUGCCAACCGGUUGGUAAGUUUAUUGUUCCUUUGAAAUUUAUGAGAUUUAAAAAGAUUUUUUCAAAUUAAAAAACUAAUUUAUUGUACUAUGUAGUACAGCAUUUUAAUGUAUUACGUAGUACUGAAUUAUUUUGUACUAUGUCGUACCAAAUAUGAUUUUAAUAUGUAGUACUAAAUUUAGUUUCGCUAUGUUGUACUAAAUUUGCUUUUACUAUGUAGUACUGAAACAUGUAUAAAGAUAGUACUGUUUGUAGUAUAGCUAUAUUACUGUAAGUAGUACAAAGACAGUACUGUUCUACGUAUAACCAUAGUACCUUGUUUUUUAACUUUAUAUUGCUGAAAAAGUAAAUUCGGCCCACCAUUACUUCAAGUUAAGCUGGGUUUAUUCUGUUUAAUCUCUACAUUUUAUAACAUAAUAUGUAUCUUAUUAUCAAACGAAGUAAUAGCUUUGUAAAAUAACAAGAAAAAUUUUAAUAGUUACUAGAAACAAUUAUGGGAUUAAAAAUAUAAUUACUAUGAAAAACAUAUAAUUAUAGGAAAGAACAAAGUCUAAUUUUGAAAAUUUAGAAAUUUAAUUGCUUUACAUUACGAAAAAAUUUUGAUAUGUAGUCCUAGCUUAGCGUAGAGUCGUAGCCUAGGGCCCUAGCCUAGAACUCUAACCCAGAGCCCUAGCUCAGAGCCUUAGUCCAGAGUCUUAGUUCAGAGCAUUAGUCCAGCGCCCUAGCCCAGAGCCCUAGUUCGGAGCCCUAGUCUAGAGCAUUAGUCUAGAGCCUUAACAUUUUUAGCCUGGCUCUAGCUCUUUUAGCCUAACUUUAGCUUUUUUUAGCUUAACCUUGGACUUUUUAGCCUAGCUUUAUCAUUUUUAGCUUAAUCCACUAAUUUUAGCUUUUUUAGUCUAGUCAUAAAUUUUUCAGUCUAGCCAUACCUUUUUUUCUAGUCUUUCUUAGAUAAUACUUUUCUUCAAAAACUUUUUAUCUUUUAGGUACCACUCGAAUUCUGCCAAUCGUUUAUGACCUCACCAUUCCGUCGUUCCAUAAGCGGUUCCAUCUUCAACGAUCUUCUCCGCCCGCCAGAAGCCUAUCCCUUCUCCACAGCCAGUUCGAGCCAAAACUCUUUGUGUGAAUCUACAAAACGUCGAGAUUCAUUGUCAUCAGCAUGGAAACGUGCCAAAUCAGCCUCGAAGCAGAUGAAGCACGCGGUAGAGAAGAUAAAAUUACGAAGGUCAGUAUCGACCGGUCGAUUGGAUGAUCUUAUAGCUCAGUUAGGUUUAAGAGAGGCUAAUAUUACAGCCUUUCCGGCGAUGAGACCACCAUUCUAUGCUUAUAAGGUGCUGCCUUAUGUUUGGAUUGGCAAUAUGCAGGCGGCUGUCAAUGAGGAUCUACUGAGUGAUGGAGGUGGGGAAUAUGAGCUCAGGAAGAUACGGAGGAGAGUGGUAAGUAUAAAAUGGCAAGAACUUUCUUUCUAAAACAAAAAAUGGCAAGAACUUUCUUUACAGGUCAUAAAUGGCAAGAAUUUUCUUUACAAAACAAAAAAUGGCAAGAACCUUUUUUACAACACAAAAAACGCAAGGACUUUCUUUACAGCGCGAAAAAUGGCAAGAACUUUCUUUCUAAAACAAAAAAUGACAGAAACUUUUUUUACAAAGCAUAAUUACAGUUUUUCUUUAACAACCAUUUCAGUACGUCGAUUUCCGACCAGAAUGUUCAAAACUGCUCAGGUAUAAAUGGCCUCCUUCUAAACCCAACAUAUUAGAUUACUGUCUGCCAAUACCAAAACGAAGUCAAAUUACCGCUUCUACAUUGUUCAAAAUCAUUGUUGAGUUUUGCAAAAUCAUCAACAAAGCUCGACGAGAUACAAAGGAUGGUACUCAGGUAAGUGUAUUUGUUUUGCAUUUGUUUUAAAAAAUACAUUUCAGAAACUAGAUAACGUAUUUUACAUUCAAGUUUUUAAAUUAUUUUCUUUCUGAGUUAAAUUAAACAUUUUUCGAUAACGUUAUGACACUUCGUCAACAUUUCCAAUAUUUUUUUGACAUUUCAUCAAAGAUUUUAAAAAUAUUCUCCAAUGUUUUGUAUGUUCAAGGAAAAUACUUUUUUAUUCUAUGAUAUUACUUUUGUCAUGAAUUUAUAUUUUUCCAAUAAAAUAUGUGACACUUCGUCAAAAUUUCCAAUAAUUUUUUGACAUUUCGUUUAACAUUCAAAAACAAGUCUGCAAUGUUUAGUGAGUUCAAAAAAAAUAUUUUUUCUUUUAAUUCUAUUUAUAACCUUAGAGGUGAUCCCAAUUUUAUAAAAGUUUUGUCACAGAUUUAUAUUUUUCCAAUAAAAUAUGUGACAUUUCAUCACACUUUUUAAAGUUUUUCCAAAUUUUUUAAAUUUAUAUUUCUUAAUAAUUUUAGGUAAUAAUUAAUUUAAACUUGAAAUUUUAGGUAUUAAUAUACGGCCCAGACGGCUAUAACCUCUGCCAAAUAAUGGUAAUCGGCUACCUCAUAGCCAUGCAUAAUCAAGAUCCAUUAAUGGCUUCUGAUUUUGUUGCCAGAUCAGCGCCGAGAAUAAUAAUAGAAGAGCCAUAUGGAGUAUGGAUGUGGAAUUUUAGGAAUUAUUUGAAUAAGAAGUUUACUGAACCAUUGGGACGACUUCAAGGUGAUAUGAUAAGGAUCAAGAAGACGGAAGCUGAGAGGUUGUAUGACAGAGACUAUAUCAUCUGCCGAAGUGAACCGUUUUUGACUAAAAAGUGGAGGAAAUACGUUUUGGACAAUAGUGGUAAGAUCUGCCUUGCCUUGCCUUUUACACCGCUUAACCAAUUACUAAAACUUCAGAAAUAUGCGACUACAACUUUCAACCUUCCUCUUGCCUACUGCCAUUACCUUGUCAUACAAAGCACUUGGAUAUGACUGUAACUGAAGAUGAAAAAGUUGUUUUUGAAUCAUUUGGACCUGAUGAUGAACCUUUGAGAGUUGAUAAAUUGAAGCGGCUAAAGUCACAGACGAAGUGUUCUAAAGUUAAUAGCAGUUCUUAG